CACGUGACCCCACCAAACGUGACUUUUCCUCGUUUUGGUGUGUCCUAGUUUUCAUCCCGUGCGUCGUUGAUAACUACCAAAGGGGCGGAGAAGUGGCCUAUCUUGACGUUCGGAUUAUCACAGUGUGUUUAUCUCAAGGAGUUUUAUAAGUGUGUAUAUUUACCUGUCAUAGAGCAGUUAGGCCGGAAACAGGUAGAAAACAAUACCAUCGGUUCUACACCAGCAAGAGCCGACGAGAUGACAUGCCAUUGAUGGUAGACUCCUCAUCAUUAGGCCAAAGGUCUUAGGGCUCCUCCACCAAGCUUGUCAACAGGUUCGACCUUGCGUCACGACAGAAACUAAGGAGGGGAAAUGACAGUGUAGCUACAGGAAGGCCUGUGCCAGGGUCAGCUAGCGGUGUGAUGAAUGUACACGCCAAACUAAGUGUCGUCUGCUCGCAGGUAAAGGCUGGAAAUUCUACAGCUUACAACAGAACGUAAUGUUGUGUGUUACUGCCUAUGGGUUCGUGAUGGUGUGUUAUGCUGGUGGUUACCAGUUCAUCUAAUUUAUUAAAAGGUAAAACCACACAAAAAAUGGCAUGCCGAAUUCGAAGUAGACGACAUUUGGGAAAUAUCAAACAGAUUUGUUUAUUUUCCAUCGGACUUAUACUACUUGCCAAUGUUGUGAUACUACAUCGAAAAUUCAAUGGAUUGGAGGAAGAAAACAUGGUUGAUCCAGGGGGAACUAUCACAUACAAUAAACACGAUACACACUCGGGUUCUGUUUUCAAGGAUAUGUCACUUGACAGCGCAUGGAGAUUAAAUUUUCUGGAAAAUUACAAUGGAUUCGAGCGCCGGUUGAGAAAAUUGAUGGAGAAGUCGUCAGAGAGUGGUUUAUAUGGUAUGCGUAUGGAAGAUACCAGUCAGCUUGACAAGCCAUUAUCGAAAGACUUUAUAGGGUGUGAUGAAAUUGUCAAUAUUACUGAAAGAAAGUACUUAGCGUCCGGCUGGACCAAGGCGGUGUACAGUGGGAAGUAUAAAGGCAAAUCGAUGGCUAUUAAGACCGUGGAUAUUAAGGGACAAGACGUAUUGACGUGUGUAAGUCGUGGUUCUACAGCGUCGUAUUGUUAUAACAAGGCGGCACAGAAGAUUGUUAAGGAAAUACUACUGCUACAGGCACUAGCUCACGAAAACGUCAUUAAGGUGUUGGGAUUCUGUGUACCAAACGUAAACAACAAUGUCCAGGGCGUUGCCAUGGUUACUGAGCUUGGAGAGACCGUCAACCUCAUCAAACUGUUACAGAUGUCAUGGGAGGAUCGUCUGAGGGUAUCCUACGAUCUGACCAAGAUAAUUCAUUUCAUGUCCAAUACACAGUACGGAAGUAUGGCCAUGAACGACUUCCGGCGUCAACAGUUUGUUCUGGUUGAUGGUGUCCUUAAGGUGUCCGAUGUAGAUGACGCAGGCUUUGCCGAUCCAUCUUGUACAGACAGUGAGACUUGUACCAUCCAUUUCUCGUCUGCUAAUUUCACACAAAGAUUACCAUGUAUUCACGGGAAAUGUCUAGGUUACAACGAAAAACGGAACCUUUUUAAUGGAGCACGACAUUUUACUACCUAUCUGCUUCCGCACGGUGCUCCUCUUACACUCCGCGGAUUAAUCAACAAAACUAUUGAUGGAUUUGCUAACCUGUCUGCUAAUGCCGGUCAGCUGAUGGCUCUGAUGAAUAGAAUAGUCCACUCAUUUAAAACAGGAAUGUACCUUCACCGGACAAGUGCCGAGGACUACCAAACAAGAUACAGCGUUUAUACCAAAAUGGAUCUUCCGGGCAAAUAUGACUACAGAUGUCGGGUUUCACUCUCUGGAAGCGGAUGUACAGUGUCUAUUUUUGACCAAAAGGAGGCGGAGAAAAUAUGUGAUGACGAUCCGGAUUGCCAGGGAUUUGUCAUGUCAAAAGAGCGUACCUGGACAGGAAGGAUUCUGGUUCAUCUCAAAUCUGGCGUAGAAAAUCCAUCGGCGAACGAAAACACUACCCUCUAUGUUAAGCCAAAUCAAAACACGAGUGUCUAGCCAAAGGCGAGAGUGUGUGAAAGAGAAAGAGAGAGAGUGAAUGAAGAAGGCACAUAUUUAGAUACAUGCUUUCUGUGAAAGUAAAACAAUUCCAUUUGUUGAAUGUCAUAUAUGCACCUUCCCAUUGUUGUCCUAAUGAGUGUAAUUCAUAAACUACAUUAUUUGUACAGUGAUGAAUUAUCAGCUCACUUCAAAGGUUGUGAUGUUUUAGUCAGUUUCACUGGUUAUCUGAUGUGAUGUAACCGCCAAUGUGAUUGGCUGGGAGGUUCGAGACAACAAUGUACAGUUAUUAUUUUGUUUUACAUACUAUCAAAUGGUAUCGAUAUCGGUUUGGACGUUCACUAUGUUAUUAUUUAGUUUUACAUACUAUCAAGUCGGUUUGGACGUUCAGUGUGUUAAACUGUUUGUGUAGAAUUAUUAGUGCUUGACCAUUAGAAAGCAGUGUACAUGGAGAAGUAAGGAUGUUUGGUGAACAAAUGAUAGAAACGUUUUAACCAAUGAACCGUCGUUUGUUACUCUAGUCGUUUUAUACGUACAACACCUCCAUUGUAUAAUGCUGCCCAUUUUUGUUUUGUUUUCAAAACGCCACUUAUUGCGUUCUUUGACUAUGUCAUUAUUAUCUGUUAAAACGAGAACAAAAUCGUGAAAACUAGAUGUAAAACAGCCUUCAUAAUAUAUACUUGUUGUAAACUUCGACAAUAGUCAACGAAGUUUAAUAAUUGUUGAAUUUGUAUAGAGAAUCGGCGUACUAAGCAUAAUUCCUAACAUGGCGGUGUGAAUGAAAACCCACCAAAGCAUAAUAUUCGAUGUUAAGACGAUAAAACCAUUUAUCCUGGAUAUUUGGUGAUAUUUGUGUUUUGGUUAACGAAGAAAUAAAAGUCACAGGUUUAUUACAUAAAUGCAAUGCAAUCCACUUUUAAAAUUGACUUUAAUGAUGGUCAAUGGUUAUAAGUAUACGAUGUUUUCGAAAUUAAAACAAAUAUUCACGAUUCAUGUGUGUUGUACAUCAGAAUGUUAAGCCCGAUUUAUAAGUAUCUUCUUUCGAAAAGCUCUUUGCAAAAACAUUUUUCUAAAAUAUAUCUGUAAUGCUUUGUAUUCAAUAAUGAUCUUUCGAAAUCAUUAAACCUCCAUUCCGUUUUCUUUUAACUUGAAAUGUCACAGAUGCAGUAUAAUUUAACUAAAUCUAAACACUUAUUACCGGAUGUUAAGAAAGGUUUACGGAGAAAUGUUAGACAACUGUUCACGGUCAUACGGUUACUAUUGAGCGCCACGUGGGAUUUGUUUAUAUACCUCCACCUGUUAGGUGUUAGGGCGGUCCUAGGUGUUUAGUUGAUGUACACAGAAUAUCACACAUUGAAAGGAUCUGCGGUCUACAUUUAUUUCUGCAAUACAUAAUUAAUCUUAAACAUAGCUGCUGAAAACACGGCGAGAUAGUUAGAAUGUUUUAACAAUCACUAACCUUUCCCCAAAUACAUCUGAUUUGUACUUGACCAAAAGUAGUGUUUACUAUAAUUAGCUGUAGUAACAGUUUUCUGAAUGGUUUACGGACGUUCUACAGCAAUUAACUCUAUAUUACCCCUUUGUUGUGUCGAUUGUAUAUUAAGAGAAAUCCAGGACUUUAAACAGUGUUAUCGACUCUGUGAUGUAAUACUUUUCGUUGUUCCUUGGUAUUUUGAGAUCAUCAUAAAUCCUUAACUCACACUGUGUUUACACUGUCAAUAUCCCGGUCCUCCAAAGAUAAAUUAAAAUGUUUUAUAAAUGUCGCAUAAGUAAGCAUUAUGUAUGCAUUAUCAGUUCACAAUAUGCUCGAACUGUAUGGUGAAAGGGAAGGCACUCCUAUUUGAAAAUGAUCUUGCAUUCUAUUGGAUCUAAGACAACUUUUCAUAAACUUAAUGUAGCUAUUUAAAAUGUAACGCGAAAACGCAUAUAGUAUUACGUGAGAAAUGCAUUUUUUGUAUGUUGAACAUCAGUACGUAAUUAUUUUAUCAUCGGUAUGAUAGUAAUAAGUUGGGAGAAAACCAUAGUAAACAUCUCUUUAAUUACGCUUAUGCGAGUGAAAACAAACAAUCUAAUUUUUUUUCACAUUAAUAUCGUAGAUCUUAUGUCUGUAGGAAGUUAUAAAUGAUAUUAGUUAAUUGAAUAUUAUCCAACCAGUGAAAUGUUUCGUUUCUAAUUUGUAUUUGUCAAUGUAUUUUUCAUGAACUAUUCUAGCCAUAACUGAAGUAUAGUACAUCGUAAGUACAAAAGUGUGGUGAUAAGUAAAAUAAAAAAACAGGGUAACAAUGCUGUGUUGUUUUCUAAAACAAUGAUGCAGUAACGUCUUAAAAUACUCGAGCUUCAAUAAGGAUGUUGCUGUUGAACAAUACUCUGAUAAAGCUGUCAUUGUCUUUUCAAAUUGACGUUGUCGUUAUUAGUCCCAUUUCUAAGCAGCAGUCAUACAACCGUUAAUGCCAGGACCCAUCUGUGUUGCUUGUAUAUACGAUUUUCAAUCUCGGUAUUGAUGAUAUCUGCCAAAACGGGUCGCAGUAGAAAUGUGUACGUGUUUUACAGUGACGUAAACAUUUCCCUAAAAUGUGUUGCUGCGUUUACAUCAAUGACACUGAUGUAUAUACGUGUCAAUUUCUAGUUUCAAUAAAACAUACAUCUGCUGGUUGCAGAUAUUUGUAGUGGCGGAAAUAAGUUUUAUGAUGAAGUAAUCCCCUAUCGAUGACAUUUUUGUUGUGACGAAUACACCUUUUUGUGCUGAUGUGUUGAUUUUGUACCGGUGGUAUGUAAUGACAAACAUAUGCCAUGUUUUGUUCCAAGAACACAUGGACAGUGUUGAUUCGUUUCGACUUUUAUCAUUGUUUCUGCAUUCCGAAUUUUAUAUUGUUUAUACUGUACAUGAUUUCUGUGCAAUUGAUGUAUAUGUGUAAGUCUUGUUUAAUCUCCAAUAUUUCAUAUAAACAUUUGACAAUCACUUUUAAUGACGAGUAAAACACUAUUUCUGUUAAUUGUACAUUUGGGGGUAAUUAUCAUAUCAGAAUUUCUACUAGAAUUUGCUUCUUUUUCAAGACGUCUUUUCCUUAUAUGUUCAUACCCCUAAAUGGCGAUGAUUAAGUUGUUAUGAAAGUGUCUGACGGUUAUUGAGAUAUUCACUGCAAACAAAGUAAAUAAUUCAUGUGGUUAUUACUAUGGAAAUAAAAGUUUGAAAAUAUAUGUUCAUUGCCAUAGUA